AUGAGCGGGUCGAACCGAGAAGCAGCGAAAGAAGAGCGUAAGAAGGCAGGGGGCGGGGUGAUCAACCGGCUGAAGGCUCGGCGCGUGCACGGGAGGGAGGACGGUGACGGGGAGCUCCGGGGAGUGGUCGCGGUCACCGAGCAGGAGUUGGUAGGCCUGAAGGAGCUGAGACCGGAGCAUGUCCUAGGCCUGAGCCGGGUCACAGAGAAUUAUCUGUGCAGACCUGAGGAUAAUGUAUUCGGCAUUGACUUCACCCGCUUCAAGAUCCGGGACCUGGAGACUGGCACUGUGCUCUUCGAGAUCUCCAAGCCUUGCUCAGCAACAGAACCUGAUGAGGAAGAACCAGAUUCUGGGCAGCUAGAUAGCAGUGCUGGACGAUUUGUACGUUAUCAAUUCACACCAGCAUUUCUAAGGCUUCGCAAGGUUGGUGCCACGGUAGAGUUCACAGUGGGUGAUAAGCCCGUGAAUAGUUUCCGAAUGAUUGAGAGACACUUCUUCCGUGAUCGGAUCCUUAAAACUUUUGACUUUGACUUUGGAUUUUGCAUUCCAAACAGCUGCAAUACCUGUGAACACAUGUACGAAUUCCCACAACUGUCAGAGGAUAUAAUCCGGAUGAUGAUUGAUAACCCAUAUGAAACAAGAUCUGAUAGCUUUUACUUUGUGGACAACAAGCUUAUCAUGCAUAAUAAAGCAGACUAUGCCUACAAUGGAGGACAAUGA